AUGAAUCAAAAAAUUUGGUGUCAAAAAUGUGAAAAGGAUAUUCCAUGUAAAAACUGUCAGAAAGAAAUGGUGAAAAAUCAAUUUUCUAAUUGGUCAUGUGGCAAUCCGAAACUAGACCAAUAUUUAAAGAAAAAACAAAUAGAGGCCAUAGAUUAUUCAAUUAAUAUACCAGUAAAGUGGAUACCAUCUGAAGAAUUUGAGGAUAUCCAAUUGUUAAAAUGCGGUGGUGAAGGAAAGAUAUAUUCUAGCUACUGGAAUAAUGGUCCUUUGAAUCUUGGAAAGGAACGAGUUGCAUUAAAAUGUCUUCAUAGUUCCACUCACGAUGUUGACAAAUUUAUUAAAGAGCUUGACUUACAAGUGAGUUUAUGUCACACCAAUACACCACUUUGCUAUGGGGUAAGUCGAUUAUCAUUUUCAUCCACAAGUCCGUACGCCAUAGUGAUGGAAUACGCGGAAGAUGGUGAUUUAAAACAUUAUAUUCAGACUAACUUUAAAUCGAUAAGAUGGAGAGAAAAAUUGGAAUUGAUUGAACCAAAAUUACGUCCGAGUGCUGAUGAUUUACAUCAAACUUUUGAGAAAUGGUUAUUUGAUGAUCAAAAACAUGAAAAUUGGGAAAGGUUGGAAAUUGAAGGUGAUGAUUAUGAAAAUAUUGAAGUUGAAACGAAAAAUGAGAGAACAAGAAGUAUUUGUAUUUCUUUACCUGUCACUAGUCAAAUUAAUUUUGUAAUUCCGGAUAAUUUUAAAUGGGAAGACGAAGAUUCAGAAUAG